GACGGUCAUGGGAGUCAUCAGACUCCAAGUUUUCGAGAGUUUUGUGACUCUAACAGGAUUCUCCUAGCUACUCUCCCUCCCCACUCAUCUCACCGACUCCAGCCACUCGACGUUGGCAUGUUCAAGCCCCUCUCGAGCGCGUAUACCGAAGAACUUAAUAGUCUGUCCCACCGCAGUCAAGGCUUGGUGGAGGUGCACAAAAGUGACUUUUUAUGGUUAUUUUGGGCGGCGUGGACACGGGCGUUCACGUCUAACAAGAUACUGAGCUGUUUUCGAGCUACUGGCGUCCACCUGCAGGAUGGUAAUGCCGUGCUUAAACAUCUUAAAAAGUCAACACCACAACAAGAUAUUAAUCUAGAACUUGGAGAGCACGGUGAUGGGGAUACUGCAAAAGAGCUGUCUAAUUUUCUAGACAAAACUAUAACGGGUUGUGCUAAAGUUAUAGUCUCUGCGGUGAAAGACACCAUUGCUUCACUCUAG